GGAGCACUGAGUACGGACAGUUUGACUUACUCGCUUCAAGAAACUUUAACACAUUUCUUUCCAUGACACAAAAAUCCAAAAUUUAUUCAUAUUUGGCUUCAUUCUUUUAAAUCCAAGUUACAACAGUGUGUUCCAUGUACGCGUGUUAAGAUCAUAAGAGACUAACAGAAAUGACGCAAACAGAAAAAGCUGUAGCAGUGCCACCAAUUCAUCAUACUCCACAGUUCUUCCCCAUUCCUAAGAUUAUCAAUGGUGCCAUAGCUGGGAUAGUGGGCGUCACGUGUGUCUUCCCUAUCGAUCUCGUCAAAACACGACUUCAGAAUCAACAGCCGAUGCCCAAUGGAGAACUCUACUACAAAAGCUUGUUUGACUGUGCCAAGAAGACCUUCAAGCAUGAAAGAUUUCUCGGAAUGUAUAGAGGCUCCGCUGUGAAUCUGCUUCUGAUCACACCAGAAAAGGCCAUCAAACUCGUCGUCAAUGACUACCUACGAUACAAAUUUACAGAUAAAAAGAGUGGUGUACUGUCGAGUGGUGGUGCCAUUAUCUCAGGGGCAGGGGCUGGUCUCUGUCAGAUUGUAGUCACCACACCCAUGGAACUCCUCAAGAUCCAGCAGCAGGAUGCUGGGAGAAGUGGUGCUGCUAAGAUGGAGCGUAUAACUGCCACUGGUACGGCACUCAAGCUGUUCAGAGAAAAGGGAAUUCUGGGUAUUUACAAAGGAUUCAGAGCCACAGCACUUAGGGAUGUCACAUUCUCUGCCAUUUAUUUCCCUCUGUUUGCAAUUGUCAAUGAAAAGCUGAUAUCAGAUGAUGUGACGGGUUUAGCGGGAGGCCUUGACCAGCCUGUGUUUAUCUAUUCUCUAUGUGCUGGGAUUACAGCUGGUGCUGUGGCCUCACUAUCUGUCAAUCCAUUUGAUGUUGUGAAAACUCGUCUGCAGACCUUGAAGAAGGCAGAAGGGGAGGCUACCUACUCAGGAAUCGUGGACUGUUUCUCGAAGGUGUACAAAACAGAGGGAUGGAAGGCCUUCUUCAAAGGGGGGUUCUGCAGGAUUCUGGUCAUCGCGCCACUGUUUGGAAUCGCUCAGGGUGUAUAUUUCCUCGGCAUCGGGGAGCAUAUAGUGGGAUUCUUCUCCAAGUCAAAGUGACAUGUUAGUCAUGUUUAGCUAAGAAGGUUGCAAAAUAAUUUACAUAAUUUUUUUCUUUAAAAUAAUUGUUAUAUUGUCUGUGAUA